GUGUAAUCGGGUUCAGAAGUUCACUUCCGACAGAAACAAAAUGACCUCGUUGGUUGCAGAUGCUAUGCAAACAGAACUGGGGGCAAGAGAAGUAUGGCCGAAUAAUGUCAAAUUAUAUGAGCCAUAUCAAGCGGAGCAGAUAGUCUUACCAGACUAUGCUAGCUGUCUUGGUGUUCGAACAUUUCUCAAAAUGUGUAGUUUGCCAUUUUCAAGAGAGUUACGAAUAAAUGCUGAGGAAAUGUCACCAUCAGGUUCUGUCCCCUUUCUUCAAGUUGGAGCAUUUUUAGUGGCUGAGUUUAAUCCAAUAGUUGCAUUUGUUGGCCUAAGGGGAUUCCAAUUAAGUGCAGAUUUGUCUGAUACUGAGAGAGCAGAACUGAAAGCCUAUUGUGCAAUGGUGUCCAGUAUUCUAGGAAAUGCUGAGAAAUAUCUUUCAUGGAAGGUGGAUACCAUAGCAGUAGAGGUGACUAGACCGCGAUGCGGAUCUGUUCACCCAUGGCCGCUCAACUGGAUGAUUCCGAUGAUGAAACAGAGGAGCAUGAUGUCACAACUGAAUAGUGUGGGAUGGGCUGAUAAAAGUCUGGAGGAGGUUCUGGGUGAAAUUAAGUCCUGUUGUCAAGCUUUAUCAGAGAGAUUAGAACAGCAGAAAUAUUUUUUUGGAGACAGCCCUACAGAUUUAGACGCUCUAGUUUUCGGACACCUGUUCUCCUUACUGACCAUUCAGCUGCCGGGCGUUGACAUCGCAGGGGACAUUAAGGAGUUUGUUAAUCUCACAGAAUUUUGUCAGAGAAUUGAAGAAAAAUAUUUCAAAGAAAAGGAGGAUGAUUGAUCUCAGUGAUUAUAUUUAGUUAUUGUCAUAAUAAAUGUUUCAUCUACAAAAAGACCGAAAUGGAUCUUAAUUCUUUUUUCUUAAAAUGUCUGUAUUUGAAAGAUAUGGUGAAAGAAUGUACUGUUCAGUCUUGUGUGGUGUUCAUAAAUCUCUGGUGAAUUAGUUAUCUAGUUCCACAAGAGUAGGAUUGUGUCAAAUAUAACAUUGAUAAUAUUUUAAGAGCUUACCAUGAUUUGCACUAUUACAUGUAUGUAUAUACUAUAAAUAAAUACUCAAUGAGAGAAAUACAU